UUAACCACGAACCAAGUUAUUGCCUAUGUACAGUAUGUAACGGCCUGGUGGGACCACUCGCUUUGACCUUUUUUGAGUUGCGUAAUUGCAGGUUUGGCAGCUUAUUCCAGUUCCAAUUUGGUCGAAGAUUGAUCCACUUUACGUGCGCGAAGCAAGUAUUUGAUGACUUGUCGUGCUGAAUUCUGGGAUUGAUUCUCAACGGCCAUGGGCUUCUUCUCUCGUUCUCGCAGCUCAGAUACCAACAACAACUCUGUAGAUCAGAACACCGUAUCCAGUGACGCCUCUCCGAGCAGUGUUCGGACUUUGUCCAGAAAGGAGAAGAAAAAAGCGGCCAAGGAACAACAACUAUCAAGGAUACCUUCUGAUGAAGGAUCACUGUUCGAUGGCGAACUGCAGCAGCCAGAAGAGAGAUUUCUGCCUCUUACCCUUGAACGACCGUUCUGGAGCUCUGACAGUGACCAAGACUAUGGUUAUCUUUCCUUUGAAAAGCACGUCGUCCUCGGCUUAGAGCAGGUCAAUCGACUGGUCGAUAUUGCCUGUGAAGAGCUCUGUUCGCGUGGUGGCCUCGAUACGCCCUUCAUUUUCACAACUUUGGCACUCGAUAUCAAUGCUAGUGCCGUCAAACGACUAGUCAAAUCUUUUCUCGGUACAUGUGUCGUGCUGGUCGGCAGAGAAAAGGACGUGGCAGAGAAAAAAUGGAGAGAAGAAGCCAAGUUUGCGAAUAUGCAUGAACUUGGGAUGUGUCUUCGUUGGGGACUUGCGAGAAUAACCAGGCUCAUCAAUGGUGUCGAAACUAGGGGAAUGCUUAAUUGGGAACAUUACAUUCAAUGGGCAGAGCAGGAACAAGCCCUCGGAUAUCCUCCAGAACACUUUCGGGCCUUUCUUCCCACUCUGCAAACUCCCCUCAGACUCAUCCUUUUGACAGUACUUUCGCUUUUGGCACGGCUUACAGCUCACAGUUCCACGUCAGGACACACUCCUCCUACCCUUUCUCCACUUUUUGGUCCACUCAUCUUUGGUCUUGGUCCUUCUGGGUUGCCAUUCAACCACACGUACACAUUGUAUCUUCGCUCCGUCAAUGCCAUGGAGCAUAUCCUAUUAGCUUUUAUCCGCUGGCAGAACACGCCAGACGCCACCGGGAGUUACUCAAACAUCCUCACCGGAGGUACUGCAUCCGCGCUUGGAGUGCCUCCUCGUCUGAAAGAAUGGAUCAAAGGAUAUCCAGCCAUGCUUGAUACUAUUUCUAAUUACCGACUCUCCCCCGUUUCCUCCCCUGAGCGACGACAUCGUCCCCGCAAAGGCGCCAGGACGGUGCGUGUCACGAGCGCCAGAAGAAACGUGAAAGUGUAUCAAAAGGAUUUGGUGAGGACUUCUGCGUCCUGGGGUGAUCAGCACACAUCAGGGACUGCCACACCCUCGUCGAACCCAAAUGAUGGCUUUGCUGCUUCCUAUGAAUGGCUCAGAAUAUCUCCACAAAGCUAUGGUUACGAUACAUUCAGAUUACCGCCAAAGUACUCGGACGCGUAUAGGAAGCGGUUGAAUCUGCCGAACGCAAGUCCCGAAACAAGCCACAAACAAACACUGACUCCUCCGAUUGAUUUAAAUUCCCCACCGCUUUCUGCACUUACAACCAGAACUGUAUUUUCCUUUGCUUCCGACUCCCAAGGCGACUUUUUUUCCUCCAGCGGAAGUUCAAGUGGUGGCCUGAGUGGAAGAAUAGGCACAGGAGAAAGAGAUUAUAAGUCUUUGACAGAUGAGAAGUGGGGUACGUUUGAGUGUGCGGGAUUCGGAGGGGAUGAGACGACGGCAAAGAAGUUGCAGUUUGAUCUCACAGAGAGUGCCAGAGCGGCACGUUCAAUCAAACGCGAAACCCUCGAUUGGUCUUCUUUUACCUCGUCUGGAUUUUCACGUUCAGACCAACCGUUGAACACCGCCCUGCAGCUCUCUGUACCACCUCAGCUAAACCUGAGUACCUCUCUUACCCCUCUCAGCUCCCCUAGCUCUCCAAAAACCUCCCCGCCUUUAACGCCCUCUGAGAGCAAGAAGCUCAGGAAAAAGGCCAAGAACGGCGCACCUACCUUCAGUUGGGACACCGAACCUGUUCUUGGACCCGAACAGAUUAUCGAGGAAGCUUUCUUGGACGUUUACUGUGACUUACUACAAGGCAGUGGGUGGAACGAAGGACUACAUUCGCUUGCUUCGGAUAAUAGACCGUGUAAUUGGGCUCUGGUGUGUAAUUGUCUUUUUUUGCUCAAAUUUCCGAUCGUCGAAUCGUACGUCCACAUUUUAGGUCGAAUUCAAAGCUCUUCCCUUCGAAAACGCAGGCCGUCCACAAUCAGAAGAUUAUACCCCAGAUUCAGAUCCUCGAACGUCCACCUCUUUGUUGUUGUUUGAAGAAUAUGUACCUGGUGAAUAUCGGGAACAGCUGGCCACGCUCCGCGAAUGAUUUCGCUGGCCAGAGCUGAGUUCGUGCAACGCACAGCUCGUUCCUAUAAAUUAAACAGGAUUGGUAUCAUUAUUAGUGUUCAGACAGAAAAGGUCUUGCUUUCUAUAUGGUGUUGUUC